AUGGCAGAUUGGGGUCCAGUGGUGAUAGCAGUGGUGCUGUUUGUGUUACUAAGUCCAGGCUUGUUGAACAUGCAUACUAGUGGUACAAUAGAAUAUCAUUACUUCAUCUGCAAUACUAGUGGUGUAUCUAUUUUGGUUCAUACAAUUAUCUUUUUUGGACUCAUUACAAUCUUUCUUAUUGCCAUUGGUGUUCAUAUCAACAAUGGUUAA